GUAAAAUAAUACAGGAAAAUGGCAAGAACCAAGCAGACCGCUCGUAAGUCCACCGGUGGUAAAGCCCCGAGGAAGCAGCUCGCCACCAAAGCCGCCCGUAAGAGCGCUCCGGCUACCGGCGGAGUCAAGAAGCCUCAUCGUUACAGGCCCGGCACCGUGGCUCUGAGAGAGAUCCGUCGCUAUCAGAAGUCCACCGAGCUGCUGAUCCGCAAGCUGCCCUUCCAGCGUCUGGUGCGAGAAAUCGCUCAGGACUUCAAGACGGACCUGCGCUUCCAGAGCUCCGCUGUCAUGGCCCUGCAGGAGGCCAGCGAGGCUUAUUUGGUCGGUCUGUUUGAGGACACCAACCUGUGCGCCAUCCACGCCAAGAGAGUCACCAUCAUGCCCAAAGACAUCCAGCUGGCCCGCCGCAUCCGUGGAGAGCGCGCUUAAACGCAACGCUUCAU